UUUUUACCAUGGAGUCAGACCCAUCUCUCCCAUUGCGCACGCAUUCAUUGACUACCGCUUUCUCUGAUCUGGAAACAUACAGGAGCACCUCAUCUGGAUCUUCGUCGACUAUGGACUCUCACGGCCCUGCUCCCUUGCCUCCACGUACGGCGUCGAUGCCAAACUACACUGCGGACCUGGAAUUGGAGAUGAGCUCUCUUGCAGAGUCUUCUCACACGGUUCGAAAGGCUAAUCGCCUGUCUUUGACAGCAUCUAGCGAGGGAAUAGCAACGGAGAGCGAGUCAGCAUACUCCACGGGUCAGCAUGAGUUGUUUUUCGAAGCCCCGCGUAUAGCUCCUGUCGUCAAUGUGGAACACAACAACUGGUUCGCUCCUUGCGAAUGGAGUCCAUCGCCUCCUGUCCCUCCUGAGGCGUCUCUCACUUCUGCAGCCUCCCCUCGCAAAUUUCGCCAUACUCCUUUCAAUUUGAUCCGCAGCGCUUCUAAGAAGAGGCCCUCUAAGAAGGUGGCUGACCAACAGGAUCCAGGUAAGCCCAGAGACAAAUUAUGGCACAGCAAUCGCACAAAGGGUGCGCAAGCUCAGCGCCUUAUUGCAAAGCGAAAGGAGGUGGAUAAGGAAAGAAAGAACAAGGAGAAUUAUGAGCGAUACAAAAAGCUGGAACGAAGACUCGAGGCUAACGGUUUCCUGACAUCACUUGGGAAACGGGGGGAUGAGAGGAACACGUAG